AUGCCACCAUAUGAAUCUGUAGGGUUUGCAGCUAUGUCUCAUAAUUCCGAACUCGUUCUUUACAAAUAUAAAGUAAAGGAUUUGUCCUCUGAUGAUGUAAAGAUCAGGGUUUUGUAUUGUGGGAUUUGUCAUAGUGAUGUACACCAAGUCAACAAUGAUUGGCAUGAAGGGAUAUUCCCAAUGGUUCCAGGACAUGAAAUAAUAGGGGAAGUUUUCGAGGUUGGCCAGAGUGUUGUGAGAUUUAAAAAGGGUGAUAUUGUUGGAGUAGGAUGUAUGGUCGAUUCUUGUGGAACGUGUAAACCAUGUAGUAUGAAAGAUGAACAGUUCUGUCCAAAAUUAUCACUUACUUACAACAGUAAGUAUCAGGAUGGAAGUUUGACAUAUGGUGGUUAUGGCAAAUUUGUAACCGUGAAUGAGCACUUUGUUUUAAAAGUUCCUACAAAUUUAAAUUUACCUGCAGUAGCUCCUUUACUAUGUGCAGGGAUUACAGUCUUCUCGCCUAUGAUGAGAUUUAAAAUGAAUAAGCCUGGCUUUAAAUUAGCUGUUCUAGGCCUUGGUGGAUUAGGUCACAUGGCUGUAAAGUUCGGCGUGAAGUUUGGUUGUGAUGUUACAGUUAUUACAAGAUCUGAAAGUAAAAGAGAGAGUUCAUUAGCUUUAGGAGCUAAGGACUUCAUUGUAGCUACAGAUGUUGAAGAGCUCACUAGACGAGCAAGUACAUUUGAUGGUGUAAUUGAUACUGUGUGUACUCAGAGAGAUGCUCAGUUAUUCUUCAAUUUACUAACAAUCCAUGGUGUUAUGGUCUGUGUGGGGGCCCCUCCAAAGGGUGCUAUGACAUCUGUUGUUUCAUCAAGUUUAAUUUUUGGUGAGAAGAUUCUUUCAGGUGGUUUGAUUGGGAACAUUGAGAUGACUCAAAAGAUGCUUGACUUUUGUGGUGAACAUGAUGUUGUAUCCGAAAUAGAGCUCAUAAAACUUUCGGAUGUAAAUGAUGCAUACAAGAGACUAGUGAAAAGUGAUGUGAGAUAUCGUUUUGUCAUUGAUGUUGCCGGAUCUUUGGACUAG